UCCAGAAGUUUCCCCCUUGGGCGGCGGCGGAGCUGGUAACCUCGGUAGGAGCAGUUCCAGCAGCGGUAACAGUGACUAUCAGAGAUGGCGGCGGCUGCUGCGGGAUCUGUAGCAGCCCAGAGGUUUUUCCGGAGCUUCUCAGAUGCUCUGAUUGACGAGGACCCCCAGGCGGCGUUGGAGGAGCUGACUAAGGCUCUGGAGCAGAAACCAGAUGAUGCACAGUAUUACUGUCAAAGAGCUUAUUGUCACAUUCUUCUUGAGAAUUACCGUGAUGCUGUUGCUGAUGCAAAGAAAUCUCUUGAACUUAAUCCAAAUAGUUCCAUUGCUCUGCUGAGAAAGGGGAUAUGUGAAUACCAUGAAAAAAACUAUGCUGCUGCUCUAGAAGCUUUUACAGAAGGACAGAAAUUAGAUAGUGCAGAUGCUGAUUUCAUUGUCUGGAUUAAAAGGUGUCAAGAAGCUCAGAAUGGAUCACAGCCCGAGGUGUCUGCAUCCCAGAGGACUUACCAGUCAAAAAUCAAGUAUGACUGGUAUCAAACAGAAUCUCAAGUAAUCAUUACACUUAUGAUCAAGAAUGUUCAGAAGAAUGAUGUAAAUGUGGGAUUUUCAGAAAAAGAGUUGUCCGCAUUGGUGAAACUUCCUUCUGGAGAGCAUUAUAAUUUGAAGCUGAGACUUCUUCAUCCUAUAAUACCAGAACAGAGCACAUUUAAAGUACUUUCAACAAAGAUUGAAAUUAAAAUGAAAAAGCCAGAGGCUGUGAGAUGGGAAAAGCUAGAGGGGCAAGGAGAUGUGCCUAACCCCAGACGGUUCAUAACAGAUGUAAAGAUGAUGUAUCCAUCAUCAUCUCAUUAUACAAGAAAUUGGGAUAAAUUGGUUGGUGAGAUCAAAGAAGAAGAAAAGAAUGAGAAGUUGGAGGGAGAUGCAGCUUUAAACAAAUUAUUUCAGCAGAUCUAUUCAGAUGGUUCCGAUGAAGUGAAACGUGCCAUGAACAAAUCAUUUAUGGAGUCUGGUGGUACAGUUUUGAGUACCAACUGGUCUGAUGUAGGUAAAAGGAAAGUUGAAAUCAAUCCUCCUGAUGAUAUGGAAUGGAAAAAAUACUGAAUAAAUUAAUUUGCUAUCACUGUA